AUGGACCUGUCUACUGCGUACAGAUACAAUCAGAACAUGAUGGAGUACUACACGUGUCACGGUGGCGUGAAUCAAUUGGGUGGUGUGUUCGUGAACGGGCGACCACUGCCGGACGUCGUGCGACAACGAAUAGUGGAGCUGGCGCACAAUGGCGUGCGUCCCUGUGAUAUAUCACGUCAACUCCGCGUCAGUCACGGCUGUGUAUCUAAAAUAUUGUCCAGGUACUACGAAACAGGCAGUUUUAAGGCAGGUGUUAUUGGUGGAUCCAAGCCUAAGGUAGCUACACCACCUGUAGUGGACGCCAUUGCUAACUACAAGCGUGAAAAUCCCACCAUGUUUGCAUGGGAGAUUCGCGACCGAUUGCUGGCUGAGGGCAUUUGUUCACAGGACAACGUGCCCAGCGUCUCUUCUAUCAAUCGAAUCGUUCGAAAUAAAGCGGCUGAAAAGGCAAAACAUGUGCACCAGACAGCGCAGCAGAGUUCGACUGCAACAACCAGCAGCGCAACCACAAACGUGAGUGUAAUUACACACUCAACCAGUGCUGUCAUACAAACACCAAUGGCAUCUAAUGGGCAACAAGAUAGGGUAGCUGGCUAUAGUAUCAACGGCAUUCUUGGCAUUCAGCAUUCUACGGAUCCAAAUGGCAACAGUAUCAAACGGAAACGGAUGGACGAUCAUGAUGAAAAUCGCGACAUUAAUAUGCACAGCGCCUCAGAGGAGGAUCUCAAGCGACACCGUUUGUAUAAUGGAGAGCAGUUGUAUACCAACGUAAAUCGGACGCGCUCAGAUGAGGCGUCGACCAAUUGUUUGCCGUUGGCUCAGCAAAUCUGGAGUGGGAAAUGGUGCAUCAAGGACGAGCACAAGUUGUUGAGUGAACUGGGCAACACAACCAAUGGGUCUAGCAACUACUAUGACGCUCAUGGGAGCUUUGCCACGACAGCUGGCGAUACGGUGUUGUAUGAUACCAUUACAACCAUCACUCAGGCACAAAGUUCCCUCUACACACCUUCCAUUGGCGCCACCAUCGCAAAUUCCAUCACUCCCCUCGCCCCAAUUGCGAUGCCAGAUAUGAAGCUGAGCAGCUCACUCAUGGAUCCCUCAAUGUCUUCCUAUCAGAUUACAGCGAAUCAAGAGGGUUCUGUGCAUCAGUUUGCGUCGCUCAGUCAUAUAGUGAUGAGCAGUGACACGGCCGGUAAUGCCUCCCCGGACUUACCAAUGACAUUAGUGGCUCCUGAGGUUUCAGCUGAUCCUCCAACGGCCUCGAAUGGUGAUCCAGAAGAGCAUGAUUCAUCACUGAUUGUGUUACAACCUACCACACCUGGUUACUCUGCGAUGCUGCCCAGCUUCACGCACUACCCCCAAGGUGGCGCUACCACCGUGGUACCUAGUUCUGACUACGCCUACAGCUCACCUGCCGCCUACCAACAGUACGGAGGGACUCCGUACUCAGCGUACUCCUACGGUUCCAAUGCUCCCGGUGGUCUUCUCAGUAAAUAAAGAUCUCUCGCUGCCGAUAUCAUCCAACGACAACUUCGACAACGAUGGGUCCAUCGGAGCUAAAUAUUCGGAUAGCAGAACGUGAAGGAGGGCUUGGCGAUGCAUUUGAUCCAUCUCUCGCUGGAGAUAAUCGGAAUAUACUCAAAACUGAAACUAUCUUUAACGUACACUCUCCAAACGACUCCAUGAACUUCUCAGAUACACCAAAGCUACUUAAUCUACGUAUUAAGCUACGUAUUAUAUUAUUAUUUUAUUAGGGCAAAAUAGUAAUUUAUUUUUUACAGAAGACCCGACAAGUUUGUUUUUCAAAUUGAAAAUAGGCAGUAGAGCGAAGAAUAAAUAAGACAGUUAAGGCCUAGGCAGAACUCAUUAUUUGUCUGGUGAUGGAACAGCGUUUAUAAUAUCAUUGUUGUUACCACUAUGAUGUGUAAAAGAUAUAUAUUUAUAUUCAAAAUUUUAUUUAAAAGUGUCUUUACGUAAUGGGCUUAUUAUACGAAUGAAAUAUUAAAAAGUCCCGAAAGUUAAUUUGCUUGAUUAUUAUUUCUUUGAAUGUAUGCUGUUAUCAUCAUUCGAAUAAAAACAGAUUGAAAUAAACUAACGCGAAACGUUUGACUUUGUGAUUAUGGUGUUACGCCACGAAAUUAAACUUAUUUUCGAAAGUCACUUUGACAACCAUUUCAAUACAUCCAUCAAUGAAUUCUGUCUGUACUUUAAUGGUAAUUAAACUUGCGUAUUUGUGAAUACUAUGUUUUUAUUAUAUUUAGUGAAUAAGUAACGAGAGAGACCGUGUUUUGUACCAACAAUUAGACAUUAGUAGAGAUUGAAUUUCAGGUAGCUCGCGCGAAGAUCAACCAAAGAAACAAACAUUUAUUAUUCAAUUUUAUCAUUCAUUCUUUAUUACUUUAUCUGUAAUAUUUGUACCCAUAAAUAAGCAGACAUUGAGCAGUAGAAUGUAAAGAAAAAAAAAGAGAAAGAGCGAGAGAGCGAAAGAGAGAGACAGUAAGAAGACGAUUAUGUAAUAAGGAUUUUGCAAACGAGAUUUUAGCCAAAGAUUGAGCAAUAUAAUAUGUGGUCAGUGCUAAGCGAUGAUCUGUAUCAGAAGUUAAUGGAAAACAAACUAUGCAUUCGCGAGCUGCAAUACUUUUUUUUAACUCAAAUUCGUAACUUUAGAAAUCCAAAUGACUCACAACAAGUGUUGAAAGAUUUAAAAUAAAAUGAACAUUGAUGAAUAGGUAUGUAAUUUAGAAAUAUUUGAGUGUAAGAUUUUAUAUACAUAUGUAUAAAUAUCACUCAUUUCUUAUUAAUAAGACGUGUCUCGAUUUUUGAUUGUUUACUAAUUUGUCCUUGGCUUUAAACCAAAUAAUUAGGAUCUCAUAUUUUAGAGAAAUUUGUAUUCAGAUAUAGAAUGUUUAAAAGAAAGUAUAGGGUUGAACGUUGAUAUAACAGGAAAAUACCUUUACUUGUUUAUGUUACAGCGUUGAUUUGAAUUUUUGGUUAGGACAUAUAAAUCGAAAAAUAGCACUGAUCAACAUACAGACAAUGAUAGUUUUGAGAUCUUAAUAAACCGCGAAUAAAUUUUAUUUUAUCUUUAUCGUGUAAUUAUAUUAUAUAUAUAAAAAGAUCGCAUUUCAGACAUUAAAAAAUUAAAAUCGAGACAAGUCAAUUUAAUAUGUGAUGACCGAUAUACGAUGUCUCCAUACCUCUUGGAGCCAUAGUGUGUAUAUAAAUACACACAUAUCAAUUUCCUUGACUCCAAAUCUCCUAUUUUUUUACCCAGUUAUGUCCUAUACUCAUCGCCACUCUUCCUUACUCGUUCCAUUAUUCAAGAAUACAUCUUAAUAAUAAAGUAAAUAUAUCGAUAAGAAAACAUCGUAUUUCACUCUUUUUAUCUGAAGUCCGUCUUAUCUUAUCAGGAUUUAUGUAGCUCAAUCGCUAUCGUGGAGCAUGUCAGAUAUUUUGUGUAUUCUCAUUUUCGUUAAAGCAAAAUUGAAAUAUUCUAUAACAGUCUAAGCUUUUAAAUCAAUUUUACUUCGUACUAAACACAGUGUCAGUAAGAUAGAAAAAUGUUGAGGGAACGCCUUUAACUGAACUAACGAAAUACAUUUUUUUUAGAUUGAGUAAACUUUCUUUUUAAAUUAUCCACUUAAACUAAUUAAAAUCUAUUUGCCUGCUUAAUCCAAUAUUGUUCCAAAUAUAUUGACUAUUCUUUUCUUCGCCCGAUUUAAGCAAGGUGGUGAAUAACUAAUCCAGGGCCUUCUUAAUAUGCACAUAUAAUAAUAUGUAUAGAGUAGCAGAGUUAUGAUUAUUUUCAUUUUCGAUUUUUGGUAACAUAAUCCCCAAACAUUUUAUUAUAAACUGUAUGAUCCUAGUGGAAAGCAUGGGAACGCUGCGCCACGAAGCCGGUCACCAUAUACUUCCACUGCACUGAUGGACAAUGGCUUAUAACCAGUGAUCAAGAUUCAUAUGUGUGAAUUUAACAUUACAAAUUAUAUAAGAUAUAUUCUGUAGUAAAGUCAGGCGUCCAAUCGAAAAACCCACCUAUUGUAACGGUUGUAACGGACAUGAGUUGCCACCAUAGGGCUAGGCUCUCACGGGAACACAGACAGACAGACAGAGAGAGAGAGAGAAAGAGAGAGAGAGGUGCAUCACUUGGCUUCUGAUGCUGUAACCGUCUCUCUCAGUGUAUUGUGUCUGCUGUCAGCCCUUAUCUUCGAGGGCCCGCUCUUAGGACAAUCGCUAUUCAUAAAAGUCCUAUCGUGAAAUUUGCUACAAUUUAGUUCUGAAAAAGGUUUAAAUAAAAGAAAUACGAGAGAGAAAAAAGACAAAGAGACAAAAAUGCGUCAAUUACGAAAAAAAUGUCCUCACCUUUUCUAAAGGGAGCAACAAACACUGAGAAGAAACAACAUUGAAUAAAUUAAAAUUGACAGUCUAUUACAUAUUUUUU